GCCUUUUACCUCCCCCACCCCUGUACAUACUCCUCGCACUCUUUCAGUCACCAGAACACACAUCUCUUAUUUGUCUCCGAUCGAUACUUUCUUUCAGUCCAUGUCCGAUAUUCAAAAUUUGCAGUCUUAUGAUCCUUUUGCCGAUCUUGGCGAUUCAGGUGACACCGGCGCCCAGCAGGAAUAUAUCCAUAUCCGUAUUCAGCAGCGUAACGGACGCAAGACCUUGACGACAAUCCAGGGUCUUCCUGCCAACUUUGACAAGAAGCGCAUGCUUAAGAUCUUCAAGAAGGACUUUGCCUGCAACGGAACUCUUGUGGAAGAUGAGGAGCUCGGAUCUGUCAUCCAGCUCCAGGGCGACCAACGCACCAAGGUCUUGAACCUUCUUGUGGAGGAAGGCGGUGUUGACAAGAAGCAGGUCAAGCUGCACGGCUUCUAAAUGCAGGAGGAUCUACUCGCCUAUUUUUUUUCUUCAUCCCUCACAUUAUUCCCUCUCCUGCUCCUUCGCUUGUAAACUAUAUGUACCAUUUUUUUGCCUGCCUGCUGUAUAUUAAAAAAGAAAAAAACUUCGAAGACGCUUCGCAUAUCUUGUUCAGUGUAAAGCUUUAUCAUUAAAAUCGAUCUUGAUUGUCAGCAGCGGAACUAAAAAUUCAUCUCGGGGCUAGCCAUUGUUGCUGGCGUGCGCAAAGGUUAGAAUAGAUCGCUUUCAGCGUACAUUCGCUCUUGUCUUCCUAAUCACUGAUCUUGUAU